GAAAAUAUAAAUAAAAACAACAAAAAAAGCACCAGAUCUAACAAAAAACGGAAAAAAUCCAAAGAUAUCAAAGAAAAAUGGAAGGAGCAUCAAAUGGCAGUGCUCAUAAGAAAACAGCCAGUGGAAGGGUCAAGUGGACCACAGAAAUGGAGAACCUGCUCAUUGACCUGUGGCAGGAAAAAAUAGACGAUUUGCGGGGAGUCCGUAAGAACUCCCACGUUUAUAUGGAAAUGGCCCAGACCAUGAAAGAGGGGUGUGGUCUCGAUGUUGGAUGGACGGAAGUGCGAACGAAGGUUGAAAACUUGACCAAAAAACACAGGAUGGAAAAAAAUAAAGUGGGGCCAAGCGGAGGGGCUCCCUCUGGAUGGCAGCAUUUCGAGAAGCUGCAAGCCUUUUUAGGAGCCUUCCGAGUAAACAACUUGGAGCAAAGCACCCUGGAUAACGAGAAUAUUAAUCAGUUUUUUUCGGACGUGAUCGAGGUGGACCUAGACGGAUCCUGCAGCUCCAGCGCACUCUCUGUGAGCAAUGGGCCCCCACAGAAGCGCACCAAGCUGGAUAGCGUAGUGGCUCCGCUCGUAGAGGUGUCCAGAGAGCGCCUAGCUGCUCAGAAAGAACACAAUAAAAAGCAGGAGGAUCACCACAAGAGGCAGGAGUAUCUCCUCGAGGAGCUGAUCCGAGCCCAGACGACAUUUCAAACGGAUUUUAUGCAAUUUUUAUGAGAAAAUAAACAGUAGUAGUAGGUUAAGUAGUAUUAGGUUUAAAUUUAAGUAAUUUUAAUAAAUG